CCGCUAUGUCUUUGGUCUGAACUACGGGUCAGCUGGGGGACCACCAUCUCUAACCAGGCUCUCACAGUGGACUCACUCAAGCUGUCCUCUUUGUGUGUCCUGAGUGGGUAUGUUUGGACCCUCGACAGACUGACCGACCGCCCUCCGCAGCUCCAUCUGCGCCUUUUCUCCGCGGAGACGCAGAAUGAUGCUUCCAAUGAGCCGCUGAAAUUUGGAGCCAUUGAAAACAUUAAAGGGUGUUUCCACCCAAGCCACCAGGUUGUUGUCAAACAUCAGAGAAGCGUCGAUGCGAAUCCUCCCAUUGGUGCGGACGAGACUCUGAACCCGAAGCCGUCCAGAUGAUGUCAGGGAAGCAUUUCAAAGCUCAGGAAGUGAGCUGCUGCAUCAAGUAUUUCAUUUUCGGAUUCAACAUCAUAUUCUGGUUCCUAGGAAUAGCCUUCCUUGGCAUCGGCUUGUGGGCUUGGAGCGAAAAGGGUGUUCUCUCCAACAUCUCAUCCAUCACUGACCUGGGGGGGUUUGACCCGGUGUGGCUCUUUCUCGUGGUUGGGGGAGUGAUGUUCAUCCUCGGUUUCGCUGGCUGCAUUGGAGCGCUCCGGGAGAACUCAUUUCUUCUCAAGUUUUUCUCAGUGUUCCUGGGUAUCAUCUUCUUCCUGGAGCUGACCGCAGGAGUUUUGGCCUUCGUUUUCAAGGACUGGAUAAAGAAUCAGCUUAACUUUUUCAUUAACAACAACAUUCGAGCUUACAGGGAUGACAUUGAUCUUCAAAACCUGAUUGACUUCACACAGGAAUAUUGGGAGUGCUGUGGAGCUUUUGGAGCUGAUGACUGGAAUUUGAACAUUUACUUCAACUGCACCGACUCCAACCCGAGCCGUGAGAAAUGUGGAGUGCCCUUUUCCUGUUGCACCAAAGAUCCAGCUGAGGACGUCAUUAACACGCAGUGUGGAUAUGACAUCCGUGCAAAGUCGGACUCAGAGCAGAGAAACUUCAUUUACAUCAAAGGCUGCGUCCCACAGUUUGAGAGGUGGCUUCAAGACAACCUGACCGUGGUGGCGGGCAUCUUCAUCGGAAUUGCAUUACUGCAGAUAUUUGGGAUCUGUUUGGCACAGAAUCUUGUGAGCGACAUUGAAGCUGUGAGAGAAAGCUGUCUGUUCACCUAAGACCUACACACAGUGGCAGGAGGGAUGCAUCAGGACUGAAGUUUGGACACCAUCAGCCAAGAUUCCACCAGUCUCAUGUAAAUAGUUAAUUACAAACUGAUACGAGUCGUUUUAAAUGAAAUUCUAUUUCUGAAAUCUGUUCAGAGCUCUGAUGCAGAGCACCAUAAACCGUCUAAUUCAUCCCCAUACAAGCGGCUCUAAAAGUAAAAAGAUUGCAUGGAGGAGCUGAGGAGGGAGGUGAUUUGUGCACAAGGAACUAAAGUGAGAUUGAAAAUGAGUUUUUACAGCUGCAGCUUGUAACUGCUGCAUGGAAGGAUUGUGCGCAAAGAUGAAAGAAGUUCUGGAAAUGCACCGCAUGCCGUUUGCCUUCUGAUGGAUCACUGGCUUGCCCAAAUGUAUUUGAUUUAGUAUUUCACAGUGUUUAUUGAAUCAUUACACUUGACUUGGCUGGCCGGCACUUUGCUCAGCGUUUAAUGGACUCUGCUCUAAGCUACUGUGACUUUAGCGAAGCGUUUUCUGUGGGAUUACAGCGUCAUGUCACCGAUUAGCGUAAAGUUUAAAAAGCUCAAUAGUGACAGAAAAGGUCCAAAUGCAUGGAUGCAGUGUGUAACCCAAAUUCAGCUUGAAGCACUUUAAUCAUCAUGAAACAGUGAUGAAGUUAAUUUCAGCGUUUUGGUUUUGUUCCUCUUUUCUUAAUUGGGAAAGAACAACUGGAGAUAUUUGUGAGUUUUAUUUUCUUUCAUUUUUAUUACGAAUCACUUAUUUCCACUGAUGAAAUCAAGCUAACUGUGAUAGAGAUGUGGGCUUAUUACUGUUCCUUUGAUAUCGCCUGCUUCAGCCGGAUGUUUUUAAAGUAAUUUCUCAAGUGCCAUAAUUAAUUGCAUGCUGAUUCCCUUCUCCCCUUUAACAGCAUGUAGAUGCGAUUUACAGCCGGCUCAUAAAACUCUCCAGCUUUUCCACCAGCAGUUUUGGUUGAGGAGAAUAUUGAAAUCAGUCUGUGCCGGGAUACCGUUGUUUCUGUGUUUGCAUGUAAAAAGUCCUUUCAUGCUCCAGCAGCGGGUUUAUUGGAAAUCUUCCCUCUGCUUUGAAAUGAUUUGCAUCAUAAUGGGCUGAACUGAAAUAUUGUGGGACAAAACUGUCAUUUCGAAACAUUUGUUUCCUCAGUUCACUGGAUUUCAUGUAGAUACUUUAAUAAACCAGAAAUGGUUUUUAAAAAUAUAGAUUUUUUUCUUUUCAAUAGAAGCUUCUGAUUGUCUGUGUUUGCUAAUCACAUUAAUUCUCACCAUCUAGUGCCAUAUUUGUGAUCUCUGCUUAGAAUCUGUUUUUAUUUUUUGUUUGUUUUCUAUGUUAGUUCUUGUAAAUAUCCAACGUCUUCUUGGAAAACAAAUAAAUACUUCCUCAUUCAACUCUAAGAUGUUGACGGAAGUAAAAUUGCUAAGAUUCUUAAUUUUGGCUGUAAAAUUCUGUAUUUUGACUUGAAUACAAAAAUAAAAUUUCUGAUGUAUGUUUCUCAUAAUAAUAGUUAUUACCCUUUAAGGGUUAGACGGUUCCUUUCAUAAAUGUCAUUUGAAAGAUGGUGCAUUUUCUAUUCCCAGUGACUUUACAUUGUAAAAUAUGUAAAUGUUUGCAAGCAUCUGAAUAAAUGUCACCUUGUACGUUU